CAUAUGACUGGGGUUUAUUUCGAGGUAGCUGUUGGUAGCUAACAGCUGUUCAGAUAUGAUUAAGGGUUACUUACAUGUAACCUUAAUAAAAUAGAAUAAUGAACAAUUAAUCGAUUUAGAAUAAAUAUGCAAUAGGUUUGCAUUUCUGAUAGCGACCAUUUAGCCAGGAAGCUUCGAUUUAUUUCGGUCUCAGGCAGGCACCUUGAAGCGACUGUAUUUUUAUUUACACAAUUGAAGACUCCGCUUGUGGAUGCUUCAAGGGUUCUGAAGCAGCUUACUGAUGUACCUGAUCUUCACUGACUAAAUUGGAUAUUUGACCAGUGUGACAGGAAGGGUUUUCUUUUGUUAAGGAUGGCGGACGAGGCACUUUUUCAGUUCCUUCACAAUGAACUGAUACAGUACGUCUACAAAUCAGCAGAACACGGGGAAAUGGAAAAUGGGAGAUGCAUUACUAAACUGGAGAACAUGGGCUUUCGUGUGGGCCAAGGACUGAUUGAAAGGUUCACACGAGACACUGCCAGGUUCAAGGAUGAGCUGGAUGUCAUGAAGUUUGUCUGCAAAGAUUUCUGGACCAGUGUUUUCAAAAAGCAAAUCGAUAACUUGAGAACAAAUCACCAGGGCAUUUAUGUACUACAGGAUAACAAGUUCCGGUUACUGACACAGCUCUCAGCAGGGAAGCAGUAUUUAGAGCAUGCACCGAAGUAUUUAGCGUUUACCUGUGGCCUGGUGAGAGGAGGCCUUUCCAACUUGGGGGUGAAGAGCAUUGUAACAGCGGAGGUGUCUGUCAUGCCUGCCUGUAAAUUUCAGGUCAUGAUCCAGAAGAUGUAAGAAGCAGAGGAUGAAGACUUCUGCUGGAAUCAAACUCCCCUCUCCCACAAUCACACUUGAAAUUUGCACCUCCAUCUCAGUUUUAUGGCCUUUUUAAUGUUUAAAUUGUUCCUGUUCCUGCAUGAAACACAGUGUCGUGGCCUAUGGGGUGUUAAUUGAAUGUUUUGUAUUAUUAUUAUUAUUAUUAUUAUUACUGUAUUAUUUUCCACAUGAACCAUAUUUGCCUUUAAUCAUGUGAAAAUGGAGGAAAAAACAGCGGAUCAUAAUUACAUUGAUUUGCACUGAGCUUUUAUUAAA